AUGAGGCCGCCUGCCGCCUCGGCGACUUCUGCGCCCAAGGGGAAGAAGCGGGCCAGCGACCGCUCCACGGCCGCCUUGGAGGCGAAGGUGAAGAAGCAGCGCCGGCAGGGGCCCAACAAGGUUCCGGAGCAGGCCGGGGCUGCCAUAAAGUUCACCCAGGGCGGCGGCUCUCGGCCGGCUUCCCGCGUCGUGUCGCCGCUCCAGCGGCAGAGGAGGGAGCCAACACCGCAGCCUUCGGCGCGUGCGCGCACGCCGCCCAUCGUCGUCGUGCCGCCUGCGGCUCCGCCGCCUUCCGCGGGGGCGUCUUCUUCAGCUGCACCUUCUUCUAUGGCGCCCGCCGCGGCGCCCAGGUGA